AUGUCUCAUUCAGCAGGCUCUAUCCACCCACUGGACCCGGAUCACAAUUCGUGCAUUGGCGGGCAAACAGUGAAGACUUGCCGCAGCUGCGCAGGCAAUGCACCACGAGGUUCUAUCUGCAGCAGCUGCAGUGGCCACGGGUUCGUUCUAUACGUCUGCACCCAUUGUAACCCAGCAGCUGCAGUGUCCGCGGCUCGAAGCGCUACUGGUGCCACGGCAGUGUCGAUGACCACACCGGGAUCCUCUACUCCUGCCAGCCCAGCAUCUUUGAGUCGAAGCUCUUCUACUUCGGUAUCAUCGCAGAGCGAUGCCAGACAUAUCAGGACCUGGAGACGUUUUGGAGAUAGCGAUGAAGGCCCGGGAGGAGGAAGGAUUGGAACCCAAGCAAAUACUCCCCGCGGGCUAUGA